GAGUUGGGCGAAAAGGAAAAAUCGGAAAAUAGGAGCAUUUCAAACUAAAGAACAAAUGACACAAUUUGACAUCCAACCCGGUACCUUGUAGCGGUCGACCCGGCAGGUAUGUGCGACCUGUUUUUCUCACUGAGCCAGGGUCUAAGUGGGUCGACCCGCGAGUUGACAACCUUGAUGAUAACCUUUCGUUAUGUCUCAAGAGAAAUUUGGUUCUGUCAGAUGAUAUUAAUUAUGUGUUGAGAAUUACAUUUCUCUCUCCUCAAGUGAUAUUAAUUACAAUCACUAUCAAUUCAAACUUAAUUUAAGGCCGCUGAUUUGCUUCAUAGAGGUUGUGCGUGGAACAUUAAGAAUGGUAGACGCACUAAGUUCUGGUCCGAUGUUUGGAUUCUGCAGGUACCUCUCAAGGAUGUAGCGGUUGGGCAAAUUCCGGGGGAAAUGGAGGACGCCGUGGUGGCGGAUUUUGUGACUCAGGAGGGAGCUUGGCGUACCGACCUUUACUCGGACCUUCUUCCCCAGGAGGUCCAGAUGAAGAUCCUUAGCACAGCCCUGGACACUAUCUCGACAGAGAAUGACACUAUUUUCUGGAAUGCGGCCUCCGAUGGAAGAUUUUCGGCUAAAACAGCUUACAAUCUUCUUAACCAGCACGAUGCAGACCCAGACGAGAAAUAUUGGAAGAUCAUUUGGAGCUUACCGGUCCCGGAGCGCGUUAGGAGCUUCCUCUGGCUGACGUGUCUUGGUCGAAUUGCAACUAAUCAACUUCGUUUUUGCAGGAAAUCAGCUCCUAACCCGGAUUGUGUCCGCUGCCUGGGACAGCCUGAGAGCAUUCUCCAUGCGCUUCGGGAUUGCCCCCCAGCUCUUUUCUUCUGGAGCAGGCAUGUCCCUACUGCGAAACAGCAUUCCUUCUUCAGUGCAGAGCAGGGCGAUUGGCUGCGUGAGAAUCUUAGCAACUCAGAAGCAGGUCCUUCCGGGAUUCCGUGGGCUGCUUUCUUUGGGGUGGCAACCUGGUGUCUCUGGAAAAGUAGAUGUGAGGUUUGCUUCAAGGGCCUUGCGGCCGUCCUCUCUCCUCCUUCUUUGGCUCACUCCAUCAUUGCUAAAGCGAAACUUUGGCAUGAGGCUUGGCAUGCUCCGACGGUUUUGCCUGGCAGCAGAUCUAGAGCGGCUACUAGGGUGGUGCAGAAUGUUGGCUGGAAGCCCCCUCCUCAAGGUUGGUAUACUCUUAACGUUGAUGGUGCCUCUUGUGGUAAUCCAGGACCAGCUGGUACAGGGGGUUGCAUUCGAGACAGCUCCGGACGUUGGGUCUCUGGUUUUGUGGGCAAUAUAGGAACGGCGUCUGCUGCUCUUGCGGAAUUAUGGGCUGUCUUUCAUGGUCUCGAAGUUGCUUGGAACACCGGCUGUCGAACUUUGAAGAUGGAAUCAGACUCGAGGCUAGCUAUUGAGCUUAUUAACAACCGUUUGGACCAAGUUCAUCCCUACUCCACUCUACUCUCAGCUAUUCGCAGGAAACUAAGCCAAGAUUGGCUGGUGAGCAUUUCUCAUACAUACCGGGAAGGGAAUAGAGUCGCGGACUGGCUCUCGAAGCACAGUCUCGUCUAUCCCUACGGUAUGCAUGAGCUUGCGAACCCGCCCCAAGGCUUAGGAAGUAUUCUGCAAGAGGACAACAUGGGUAUCACUUUCGAGCGACGUGUAGUCGCGGACUUCUCCUCUCCUCCCAACCUCUCGGCGCCCCCCUUGUAAUCUCUUUCUUCGGCCUUCGGCCUUCUGUAAUGCAAAAAAAAAAAAUUUCUCUUUUUAGAGAGAGAAAUGUAAUAAAUAUUAAUAUUGAUUUUAAUAUUAAUUUCUCCAUGUCAGAUGUAGUUGACAUUGACUUACUAGUAUGUAAAAUAAGUAACAAACAUUAGUACACCCGCUCUUCCUCUAAAGACAUUUAAUGAAACCAUUAAUCACCAAUCAAACGCUAUUAAAUUUUGAUUUCAUAA